GGUUUGGUAUGACUAUUGCUUAACAGCACCAAGGGCUGUCUAUAAAACCCAUGUCAUUCGAUUGAACUCCCCAACACCAAAGCAGUAGUAACCAAAACCAAGAAAAAGAAAAAAAACCAAUAGGGGAACAAGCAAGCAAGUAAAUUAAUUAGAAGCGCGCAUAAUAAUGGAGCAUUUCUAUCUGUCCCUCCUCCUGCUCUUCGUUUCUUUCAUAUCCAUCUCUCUGUUUGCGCUGUUUUACCGCCACCGCUCGAGCUUCUCCGGGAACAACCUGCCUCCUGGGAAGAUCGGGUACCCCAUAAUCGGAGAGAGCUAUGAGUUCUUGUCCACAGGAUGGAAAGGGCACCCGGAGAAAUUCAUCUUUGACCGGAUGUCCAAGUUCUCAUCCGAUGUCUUCAAGACCUCCAUCUUCGGGGAGCAGGCUGCAAUCUUCUGCGGUGCGGCCUGCAACAAGUUCCUCUUCUCCAACGAGAACAAGCUGGUGCAAGCAUGGUGGCCUAGCUCCGUCGACAAGGUGUUCCCUUCUUCCACUCAGACUUCCUCCAAAGAAGAAGCCAAGAAGAUGAGAAAGAUGCUCCCCAAUUUCAUGAAGCCAGAGGCUCUUCAGCGCUACAUCGGUGUCAUGGACUCCAUCGCUCAGAGGCACUUUGCAGCCGACUGGGAAAACAAAAAGGAAAUCCUGACCUUCCCUCUAGCCAAAAGAUACACGUUCUGGGUUGCAGCCCGUCUAUUCAUGCACCUUAACGAGCCGGAAGAGAUCAGAGUAUUCGAAGAACCUUUCCACAGUUUGGCGUCGGGAAUCAUAUCCAUGCCCAUCGACCUGCCGGGAACCCCAUUCAACAAGGCCAUCAAAGCCUCUAACUUCAUCAGGAAGAAUUUACUGAAGAUCAUCAAGCAGAGGAAGAUCGACCUGGCCGAGGGCAAGGCCUCUCCUACCCAGGAUAUUUUAUCCCACAUGCUUCUCACCUGCAGCGAUGACGGCGAGUACAUGAAGGAGUUGGACAUCGCCGAUAAGAUUCUCGGCCUCUUGAUCGGCGGCCAUGACACCGCCAGUGCUACCUGCACUUUCAUUGUCAAAUAUCUUGCUGAGCUUCCUCAUAUUUACCAAGGCGUCUAUGACGAGCAAAUGGAGAUUGCAAAAUCGAAAGGUCCAGGAGAAUUGCUGAACUGGGAUGACAUACAGAAGAUGAAAUACUCGUGGAACGUAGCGUGCGAAGUGCUGAGGCUGACACCUCCCCUGCAAGGAGCAUUCAGGGAAGCCAUGACGGACUUCGUGUUCAAUGGCUUCACAAUCCCAAAGGGGUGGAAGCUGUACUGGAGCGCCAACUCCACCCACAAGAACGCGGCCUACUUCCCGGAGCCCGAAAAGUUCGACCCGUCCAGAUUCGAAGGCAACGGCCCGGCCCCUUACACUUUUGUACCCUUCGGUGGAGGCCCCAGGAUGUGCCCUGGCAAGGAAUAUGCCCGCUUGGAGAUCUUGGUGUUCAUGCACAACUUGGUCAAGCGCUUCAGGUGGGAGAAGAUCCUUCCCAACGAGAAAAUCGUUGUGGAUCCCAUGCCCACCCCUGCUCAAGACCUUCCUGUUCGCCUCUUUCCUCACUCUUCUGCUGCUCCUGCUUAAUUAAACUAAAUAUAUUUUUACCAAUUUUCUUCUACCUACCCCUACCCUACUACACAUGAUCAAGGCUAAUAAUAAGCCAAUUAGCCACCGCAUCUGUCAUCUAGCUAGCUCAUACAUCACAACAAAGAAAACCCACAACUGGCAUCUGUCUUCUUGCUAGCUAAUUCAUCUUACUUUCGUGCUUUAUUUUCUUUCUUACUUUUUUUUUUAUUUGUUUUUAUUUGUACUGUGUUUAACCCUUUCUUUAUGCUUUAUUUAUCAUUUUCUUUAUGUACUUGUACUAAGCGAAUCUGAGCCUUUUGAUCCGUCUUCAUAUAAGAUGUGUAAAAUUAAUAUUGGAAACAUAUAUCAAUGAAUAAUAUAUAUUCAAUAUGCAUACAAAACUAUUGAUAUAUUUA